AUGAAUAGUAAACCUCCUCAUGGAUCUGCUGAAUGGCAACGUAUUAGACGUGAUAAUCAUAAGGAAGUUGAAAAAAGAAGAAGAGAAUCUAUUAAUCAAGGUAUUCAAGAAUUAGCUACUUUAAUUCCGACUUCUGAUACCAAUAAAGCCCAAAUCUUACAAAGAGCUGUUAACUUUAUUAAAAGAUUAAAAGAAAAUGAAACUAACAAUAUUGAAAAAUGGACUUUGGAAAAAUUAAUCACUGAACAAGCAGUUAGUGAGUUAAGUGCUUCUAAUGAAAAAUUAAAACAAGAAUUAGAAAGAGCUUAUAGAGAGAUUGAACACUGGAAAAGACUUGCUGAAGGUAAAGAUGAAAAACAAUAA